AUGACAUCGGCCGACGAGUUUUCGACUCUCGAACUCAUACGACGCUACCUCCUGGACGACUGCUUCGCCUCUACGGAAUCCUUUUCCGGCAGCCCGAUCGAGUCCCCUUCAUCCUUGUCCGACUCAUCUUCGGGCCUCAAACAAACCGGGCCGGACUUCACGGGCCGGGCCCCGGCCCACAACGAGCAUCCGUCUGAAAUUGAGACAAAGCCCCAGAUCACGAGCCCAGUUCGUCUUCCCGUCAGGCGAUUCCGGGGGGUUCGGAGGAGGCCGUGGGGCAAAUACGCGGCGGAAAUCCGCGACCCGGCCCGGAAGGGUUGUCGGGUCUGGCUGGGGACUUACGACACGGAUUUGGAUGCCGCGAGGGCGUACGAUUGUGCCGCCUUUAAGAUGAGGGGAAGGAAAGCUAUUCUCAAUUUCCCGAUGGAUGCCGGGAAAAUAAACGGGCCGCCGGUUGGGUCUGGGAGGAAAAGGAGGAGAGAGAAAGUGUCGGGAGAUUGUCUCGGUUAUGGGGAAAUCGGUUGGGGGAUAGAAUCUGCCGACGAUCAAGUCAGAUCUUUUAUCGCUAGUAAUUAA